AAAAAUAUAUGGCAGUUCAUUCAUAAUAAUAUAAAAAGUUUACCAGAACGGCAUCUCUUGAACUCGCAUUUUACACCGCGUUUUUUGUUUGCAAAGUAUAUUCCGCAAUUAAAAUAGUUUUAUAUAUUUUAGCAAAUAUAUUAAAUAAUGGCGAGUUCUAGUUUCAAGGCUAGUUCAUCAGCUAGUGAAAAAGCAUCAAUUUCAGAAGGGCAUGAACCAGUAGCGACACCAGUAUGCAUGAUUGUGCUUGGCAUGGCUGGGUCUGGAAAGACCACAUUUGUUCAGAAACUUACUCAGCUUUCAUUUAAUCAUUUCAAGCCGUAUGUGAUAAAUCUGGAUCCUGCUUGUCGUGAAACUCCAUACCAUGCUAAUAUAGACAUCAGAGAUACCGUGAACUACAAAGAAGUAAUGAAGCAGUACAAACUUGGUCCGAAUGGUGGAAUUGUCACCUCAUUGAAUUUGUUUGCCACUAAAUUUGAAAAAGUGGUGGAAUUAAUAAGGCGCGCUGGACAGCAGGGUCACAAGUGGUGCAUUAUUGAUACCCCUGGACAAAUCGAAGUAUUUACAUGGUCAGCUUCUGGCACGAUAAUCACUGAGGCCUUAGCUACCAUGUUUCCAACUGUUGUAGUUUAUGUGAUGGAUGUUGUGCGUUCAAUAAGCCCGACAACAUUCAUGUCGAAUAUGUUGUAUGCCUGCUCUAUAUUGUACAAAGCACGCCUGCCUUUCAUAGUAGCACUCAACAAGAUAGAUGUGCAAGACCAUGAUUUUGCUGUGGAGUGGAUGAGCGAUUUCGAAGCUUUCCAGGAAGCACUAGAAAAAGAACAAAACUACAUCAGUAAUUUGACAAGAACCAUGUCCCUUACACUCGAUGAGUUCUAUCGCAAUCUACGAACUUGUGGAGUGUCGUCGAAAACGGGCAUUGGAUUUGAUAGAUUUUAUGAUUUAGUGGGCGAUUGUGCGAAAGAAUACGAACGCGAUUAUAAAGCAGAAUACAUCAAACUACGAGAGGCCAAAAUAGCUGAAGAAGCGAAAAUCAAAGAAAAUAAAUUGGUUGCGAUCGCAAAGAGCAAAGGUGAAGGAAGCGAAGUACCUUUGGGUAGUUUUGUAGAGGAAGUUGCUCUUGGCCGAGAAUUGUCUGAUAUUUAUCUGAAACAUCCUGGAAAUGAGAGUUCAGAGGACGAAGAAGGUCGAGAAGAAGAAGCACCUACCUUUAAUGAAGACCAUGUGGAGGAACAAAACUUCAAUCAGUUCGUGAAACAGCACACGGACGCUCAAAAAGAGAAAAAUAUACAGAAAUGAUAUGAGAAGUGCGUGAAACAAUAAUAGUAGUUUAGGAAGUUCCUAACGAUGAUAAUUAUAAUUUAUAUAUAUAUGUAUAUACUUUAUUAAUGAUUUAAAUUGAGUAGAUUUUUAGGCGCAAAAGCUAACUUAUGUUUUGUAUUAGGCGUUACAAUAUUCCGGCUUAUAAGAUAAUUGAAAUGUACGCACGAUAUACAUACAUAUGGAGGCUUAUAUUUGUAGUUGUGUAGUAUUACUUCUGAAUUUGUGGUAACCUGUAAAUUUAUAUAUGAAUAUACAUAUAUCCUCUACAGAAUAUACAUAAGCUACUAGUUUUGUGGUAGCGUAGUAAAAAACAAA